AUGACUAUGAAUAUGAUGACGACGGAUCCGAGCCCCAGAUGUGACUCUGACCACAAACCCCAUAGAACGCCAGACCCGCCAGACGAGAUCCCUCCACCACCCGACGACCAGUCUUCCUUUCGCUCUUUCCACCCCUACGGACAACCAAAAUCCACCCGCGCAAUCAACGAGGCCAUCAAAUCCGAGCUACUCAAGGCGUAUUCCGCCGCCAGCGCAGGCUUCAUCUACGGCUUCGUGCAUCCCAGCAGCGUCCUCAUUAGGCUAGGCACAGGCCCUCUCCGCAAGGUAGGUCUCGUAAAGAUAGGCCGCUCCGCCAACGUCGAGCGCCGGAUGAAGCAGUGGGCGGCGCAGUGCAGGUACGCGCCGAGCCUGGUGUUCGCCCACGCCAUGGCCCAGCAGCACCAGCGGAUCGAGCGCGUCGUCCACCACCAGCUGCACAACGCCCGCCUGCGGGAGCACCUGGGCUGUUCGGGGUGCGGCGUCCGCCAUGUCGAGUGGUUCCGGGUGGACGCUGCGCAUGCCGAGGCCUUGGUGCGCAUGUGGCAGGGCUUUGUGCGGCUGGAACCGUAUGACGAGGUUGGGCAUCUGCUGCCGACUUGGCUUGCGCGCCUUGGACAGGUUGACCUUGGUGAUCCUGACUGCUGGGUCUUGUUUGCGCAGGGCUCAUCGUCACCGCCGUCGGUAGGUUUGACUAGCAGUUCCGUUCGGGAUUCGGAGGACAGCUCUGAUGGAUGUCUUGCGCCUGAGGCUGGUGGAUCAUCGAGUGAUGGGCAUACCUCAGAGGACGGCUAG